AUGACUUCGUAUCACUACUUUGGAAACGAAGGAGAAACCAUUCCAAACGACGUGAAAGAAUUAAAGGUUCAUCCUCUCGUUCGACACAUUCCAGAUGAAGCUUGUCGCAAGUUCGAACAACUCACACGCGUCAAUUUCAAUGGUUCCGCUCUAACAUCAAUUGGAAAGCUAGCUUUCUAUGGAUGUACAAGUUUGCUGGAAAUCGAAAUUCUUCCAACUGUGACGAUUAUUGGAGAAGCGGCAUUUGCUGUUUGCCGCUCAUUGACAAGAGUUCGUUUUCAUGGAGAUGGAUUGUUGACUAUCAUUGGAGAGGAGGCCUUUUACGAGUGCUCGUCUUUGAUCGAAGUCAGCAUUCCCUCCAGUGUGGAGAUAAUUGGAAAGUACGCCUUUGGUACGUGCAAAUCAUUAACCAAAGUUUGUUUUCAUGGAGAUGGAUUGUUGGCUACCAUUGGAGAUGCAGCCUUUUACGAGUGCUCGUCAUUGCAGGAAGUGAAUUUCGCGGAAGCAAACUUGAAGACGAUUGGAGCAAAGACCUUCAGGAAUUGUGUCAACUUGCAAAAAAUCAAUAUUCCUUCUACUGUUGGGCUCCUUGAGUUAGCUGCAUUCAGUGACUGCAGGUCUUUGCUGGUAGUGAAGGUUCAGAAUGGCCUAAAUUAUUUGGCACCACUUGUUUUUUGCGGCUGCAAAAAUUUGCAAGCCGUUGCACUACCAGAGUCUGUAGAAGGGAUUGGCCCCGCGGCUUUUGCGCAAUGUGGGAGUUUGCUAUCCGUGGAAUUGGGGGAUAGGCCUAGAACUGUGGCGAUUGCUGACAUGGCCUUUGCGGAAUGCAAGAGUUUAGUAAACAUUUGUCUUCCUCCCUCCGCAUCGUCAACGACCACAACAAGCACUGGAGCUAUUGGCUACACCAGCUUUGAUGGCUGCACAAUGCUGGAAAAUCAGUAUGGCAGGGACGCAAACAUCUUUCCUGCUCUGCAGCGCCGCUUUGAGAACUUUCCCAUGCACAAGAAAUGUUACCACGCCUCUGUUACGACAACAGAUGAGCUAGCUCGGGAGAUUGAGUCAUCAAUGCAUUCAAAGCAAGAAGGCAGCACCCAUUUGGUGGACCCUUUUGGUUUGACACCCUUUCACGUUCUGUUGUCGGCUGCAACCUGCAGACUGGAUCUUUUGCAGGUCCUACUAGAUGCGUAUCCACCGCAUGUCCUUGGAUGGAAAGACGUGCAUGGAAACACUGCCGUUGAAUAUUUGACCCAACGAAGCUUUCAUCUGGAUGAAGACUCAAGACAGAUGCAUCGAAUGGCUCUUCAAGGAUGGAUGGUGGGUUGUAUAUCGAGUUGGAAUGGAUUGAAAGCUUGGAAAUCGGACAUGUCCGAUAAAGUGAAUGCGAUUGUGGCUGAGAACGACGUGGAACAUAGGCAAUUUUUGCUUCGAGAAGCAACGAUGAUUCUGUCGAGGUACGAACAGAUGGAAAGUACAAUGCUGUUGGAGCUGUCUUUGUGGAAAUCGGAGAUGAAAUUUGCAGCUUUUGCUUCGGUAGAUGACACAGAAAGAACAACAGUCAAAGUAAAAGACCGAGAAACACACCGCAUCCGCAGUGGUGCUUCAGUCGUCGUGCCGAAUGUGAUUGCAUUCUGUUUUGAAGCUAAUCUGACAUAA